GGAUCGUCAGAAUCGAUUUUCCAACCUAAUCGGGGUUAUUGUAAAAGUCUCGCCAGUUUAGAACAUUCUAGGAGAUCUUAUCAACACAAUUACUCAAUAAAAACGACUGUGUUUAACAAAGUGGGUCUAAUGAUGAAAAGAGAAAUUUGGGCCAGAUAAAAAUAAAGCCCAAUACUGAAACGACGUCGUCUUAGGCACAACAACGGUCAUCUCCAAAGUUGGAAAACGACAAGAAACAAAAACACCAGAGGUGAUGAAAUUGAAAGCUUUGUACGGAGAAAGUAGCGAUUCUCGCAGCCCUUGAUACGUUUGACGACACAGGAUGAUGACAUCUGUCCCAUCUCUAGGGUUUUUCGAGUCACCCAUACUCUUGUCUAUAAAUACUAAAUGUUCUGAUUCCUUUGUUAGGUUCAUUUGGUUUACUACUCUGCUUCCUCUGCUUGGUUAAGUAAUUGCAGAUGGCACUCCCUCCAUAUGAUCCGAAUUUCACAAUUGCAUUCUCAAUCGGCAGACGCGAAAAUUUUGAGAAUGACCCAGAGCACGAUGAAUCUGCUUCUGCUGCUAUCGUAGCGGCUGAACUGAUAAGCUCUGCACGGCUUGCACUUAAGCUGGAUAGCGUCCACACUGAGUACUCAGCUCAGUAUUUGGUGGACAAAGCUGGUAGCUCACGUAGGCGCAGGCGCAGGGGCAAGCUCACUGUCAAAGACUGCCUUUUCUUUGCGUUAAAGAAAGGCGGAAUACCGAAAGCAGAAGAUUGGCCACCUUUGGGAUCUGAGUCAAAGCCCCCGUCAUCGUACAAACCUGCUCUCGUUUCCAUGAAAGGAGAAGUGAUUGAGCCUAAGGAUAUGGACCAAGUACGUGACUUGUUGGUGCAUCAACCGGCCGCGGGAGCAAAACUUCAUGUGUUCAGUCCACACAUUGAACUUCAACAAGACGCAAUUUACGUGGCUCGUCAGGUGAGUAUACGCGCUAUGUUGGACUUAGAGAUGCAAUCAUAGUUGGAACGGAGAAGAUCCAAGGAAAGUCCAUGGCAAUAGUGAAGGUUUGGUACAAGAAUAAGUUUACAUUUCUCAAAGUGGCUUUGAGCAGGAUGU